CAUUUCUCUUUACUGAAGUUUAUUUUCUGGGGUUUUUUAAUAUACUUUGCCUUUUAAUCUGCGUUUCUGAGCUGUUCAUUUCAUUCAAGAUAUUGGGUUUUGGUUUUCAUUUUCAAACUCAAAUCUGGGUAUUGUGUUUUUUUGAUGAUUUGUUGAUAAUGGUGCCUUUGGAGAAUCGGUUCUUGUAAUAUCUGGGUAUGAUUGAUUAUAUUAGGUUCAUGUCUUUGGGACUGUGAUUCUUAAUUUUGUUAAAUGGGUAAUUAAGAGUUUUGUAGAUGGUGUCUUAUGGAUGAGAGGAUAUCAGAACAUGUUAUUUCUGCGACAAAUUCGCAGAUUUUUUCGCAUUGCAGCUCACUCAAAGCAAUUUCCGAAGACAAUACCUUUAGAAGAACCUGCUCUUUCGAAGCUUAAAUCGGAAAGAGACCCCGAUAAGUUAUUCAAUUUAUUCAAAGAAAAUGCCCACAAUAAACUUGUUGUUGAAAACAGGAUUGCUUUUGAAGAUACGGUUUCAAGAUUAGCUGGGGCUGGCCGAUUUGAUCACAUUGAGCAUUUACUUGAGCACCAGAAAACUCUUCCGCAAGGAAGGCGAGAAGGGUUCAUAAUGAGGAUUAUAAUGUUGUAUGGUAAGGCUGGAAUGGUUCAGCAUGCUAUUGAUACUUUCCGUGAUAUGCAUUUGUAUGGAUGUAAGAGAACCGUUAAAUCUUUAAAUGCUACACUUAAGGUUUUAUCUCAAACUCGUGAUUUGAGAGCUAUCGAGGCUUUUCUUGCUGAGGUUCCACAGGAUUUAUUUGUUGAAUUGGAUGCAUAUACGGUUAAUAUAGUUGUCAAGGCGUUUUGCGGAAUGGAUUUUCUUGAUAGCGCUUUUUUGUACAUGGUACAGAUGGAACGGUUGGGAAUAAAGCCAGAUGUUAUUACGUACACAACACUUAUCUCUGCAUCCUAUCAAAAGAACCGUUGCGAGAUUGGCAAUGGGUUGUGGAAUCUUAUGGUGUAUAAGGGGUGUAAACCUAAUCUUACAACUUUUAACGUUAGGGUCCAGUAUUUGAUUAAUAGGAGACUAGCAUGGAAAGCUAAUGAUGUAAUGCGUUUGAUGAAGAAAAUUGGUAUAGAGCCAGAUGAGGUUACUUACAAUUUGGUAAUCAAAGGUUUUUGCCAGGCCGGUUAUCUUGAAAUGGCUAAAAGGGUUUAUUCUUCUCUAGAAUUUCAUAGCACGUAUAAGCCGAAUGCUAAGAUUUACCAGACGAUGAUUCAUUAUUUGUGCAAGGGAGGUGAGUACAAUUUGGCCUAUACAAGGUGUAUAGACUGCAUGAGAAAGAAUUGGUUUCCAAGUGUGGAUACUAUUCAUUCACUGGUUCAAGGCCUAACGAGAAAUGGGCAAUUGAAAAAGGCUAAGAGGAUAAUGAGAUUGGUUAGGAAUCAUAGACCACCUUUUUCCUCAAGUCAAUUUGAUUCUUUGCAAUCUAUUUGUCGAAGAAGUGAUGGAUUGAAACCCAACCAGUUUGAUUAAUGUAUAAACACGGCUUAAAAGAAGCUAAUAAUUCUUUCAGUCCAUGCAGUUGUAGUUUUACAAAACUAAUUGGAGAUAGAUUUUUACGGUUCACAAUAACAUCAAAGCAGCGGCAGAUCCCAUUUUUGUUGAAUUAAUUUGGUGUGAGUCUCAGAUUAAUGAGAAUGCCAAUGGAGAGCAUAAUCCAAAUUCCUCUUCAACUAAACACUUUCACUCGACCAGCAUCGGUACCAUUUGCUUUUCGGCAGGACCGGGAGGUGCACUUGGAUGCAUUCUACUUGUUAAAAGAAUUUGAGUUCUGUUUCUUCCGUGGAAGUGCAUUAUUUACAAGGCUCUAAGAAGGGUGAACAACAGCCUGUGAAACUGAAUCCUUGGGUGAAAAACAAAAGAGAAAAAUGCAGCUACUGGUUUAGGCUUGAAAUAAUGUCAUAUUUGUUUUUAUAAUGGGGGCUUAGUGGAAGAAUUCUAUAACAUUUUUUUUCUGAACUUUGUGUUCCACAGGUUUCAACCUAACUUGUAAAUGUGUUCCUUCAAGCUAUCAUUCCUUUUUGCUUGUGAAAUGGCACUGCUAUGCUCCUUACACCAAUAGUAGUUUUGUAGAUUUUUUUUUUUUUUAAAUUUUACAAACGAAUUAAUAAAUUAUUUAAUUUAUUUUUUGAAUGGAAGGGUAUAUUUUUCCACUUA